AUGAACACACAACUAGGUUAUGUUUGUCUUUGCAUCAUUUGGCUAUGGGCACCAGCAGUAUUAGAUGCAGCACAAUCGUACUAUGUUACGAAAUCUGGCAAUGAUAAAAACUUAGGAACGAGUCAAUUACAAGCAUGGGGUACUAUUCAAAAAGCAGCUAGUCAAGCUACACCUGGCUCUACUGUCUAUAUUGGUCCUGGAACUUAUUACGAAACUGUGACAAUAGGCGUUCAAGGCAAUGCUAGAAGUGGACCAAUUACAUUUACUAGUUUAAUAUCAAAGACUCGACCAAUUAUCUCAGGUGCACGUGCCAAAGCUCGAUCAUCCGAUGAAAUAUUGAAUUUAAUCUAUAUGGAAAACAAGAGUUAUCUACGUUUUGUCAAUCUUGAAUUGGCCAAUUUGACACACACGGAAUGUAGUGGAAUUAGAAUUGUUGGCGCUGGUACACAAGUUGAACUUCGUAAUUUACUUAUUCAUCAUAUACGUGGUGGAGGAGAAACAGGUGGAGCUAUGGCAAUUACAGUUUAUAACAAAGAUCAGCGAACAAGUCGUAGUGGAUUGAUCAUUGACAAUUGUACAUUACAUGAUUGCGACCCAGCUUGGAGUGAGGCUCUAACUCUCAAUGGUAACGUCGAACAGUUUCAAAUUACAAACAAUCGUGUCUACAAUAUGAACAAUAUUGGCAUUGAUUUUAUUGGUGGAGAAAGUGACAUGGGCGCUCUUGGAACUCGUUCUGGUCGAUGUGCUAACAAUACAGUUUGGAAUAUUCAUUCGACAUAUGAUUCCAGUGCAGCAGGUAUUUAUGUCGAUGGAGGAUUUAAUAUUACUGUGGAAAUGAAUGAAGUUCAUCAUUCGGAUGCUGGAAUAGAAAUCGGAGCAGAAAAUAAAGGUCGAAUUGCAUCGAACAUGACCGUUCGAAAAAACUACAUUCAUAACAAUAACAAAGUGGGCCUUGCCUUCGGUGGAUAUGAUCAAAACCGAGGACGUGUUAUCAAGAGUUUAUUUGAAGCUAAUCGACUCGAAUAUAAUGAUGCCUUGCGUACGGGAAGUGGAGAAAUCGUUGUUUCUUUUGCGUCUGAUAAUAGUGUUUAUGCGAAUAUUGUCAAACCGAAUACACAAAAUAUUAUUCUCUAUGCAGAUCGGGUUGGUGGUUUGAAGAAUGUAUUCGAUCGUCAAAGUUACUAUCCAAAUGGAGUUAAAGCGACUCAGAGUAGCUUGAUUUUUAAUUGGGGCAAUCAACAAUAUAAAGGAUUAAGUGCAUUUCAGAAGGCAACGAAACAAGAGAUGCAUGCUACGGUAAUUAACGGAAAACGUAGACGCAAAAAAAAAUGA